GGCCCAGCGAAUUGGCUGCCCGGCGCCGCCCGGCGCCAGCUCCCAUUGGCUAAGAACGAGACUCUUCCCACGACGGCGGGAGAUUUCCCGAGACUCAGGCUCCGGCUGCCAUGGACCGGCUGGCGAGCGUCCGCGCCCGGCUGCAGCAGUGGGAACGCGCUUUCGCACGGCUGCACGGGAGACGGCCAGCGCAGGAGGAUGUGGAGGCGGCACCCGAGGAGACCCGCGCGCUCUACCGUGAGUACCGGAACCUAAAACAGGCAGUGCGCCAGGCUCAGGACGGACGCCGCCGCAUCCCAGAGCAGUCUCUUGCCGCCGAGGCAGCUGAGGAGGCCGCUACUGUCCACUUGCAGGCGCGGGAGCCAAGCUGCUGGGGUCCCCACCUGAAUCGAGCUGCAACCCAGAAUACACAGCCUAUGCCCAGGCAGAGACCACUGAGUUCAGUACAAGACUAUGGGAAGAGGCUCAAAGCCAAUCUGAAAAAAACAAAGCUGCAGACUAGGCCAACCCUGAGCCCCAAACUCCAGCCUCAGAAGAGAUCCUUGUCCACGGUGCCCACCCUAAGGCCGCCAGACCCAGGGACCUGUCCAGAUGAAACUAAUGAUGAACUUCCUCGGCUUCCUGAGCCCCAGCCAAGGCUAGGCCAGCUCCAACAGCUUCAGGCCUCCCUGAGCCUGAGGCUGAGUUCCCUAGACCCUGGCUGGUUGGAGCGGUGUCAGGACGGGUUUUCAGAGGCUCCCAGUGCCUGUGGGCUUGACCUGGAUGCAAAGGAGUCACAACCGCAGAUACCAGGCAAGGUGAAUGUCCCUGAUCCUGGGAUCCAUUCAGAAGGAUCUUCACAGAGCUCAGAGGCCCUAGCCCUGCAGCCACAGAGCCCCAAAUCCAGCAACAAUAAAGACAGGAAACGGAAAUGGAGUGAGAAUUCCGAGGACUUUGCACAAGCCCAGGACAGCAGCCAAGCAGAACUGCUAUCUGAGGGAGCCAGGGCUGCAGCCCAUGAGAAAGACCCUCCGGGAGAGCAUGCACAAGGGAAUGCAUCUCAGCCCCGAGAGUCCUCAAAUCAGGCCAGGACAGAGAAGGCCAAGGGCACAGCCCAGCUCCACAGCUCCCCGCGACCAGCUCUCCUGGACAGAGGGAACUACGUUCGGCUCAACAUGAAACAGAAGUGUUAUGUACGAGUUGGGGCCAAUCGAGGCAGGCUUCUCCGAAAGCAGGUAUGGAAGCAAAAGUGGAAGAAGAAAAGAGAGCAGUUUGGGGGAAGUGGACCCAGAGCCACAGUCAAGGACACUUGUUUCCGGUGUGGACAGUCUGGUCACUGGGCAUCCCAGUGCUCCCAGCCAGGCUCCACCCAGACCUUCCAGGAGGAAGGCGGCAGGGAUGACAAACAGCCCGUUUCCGCUUUGGAAGAAGUGGCACAGAUGACAGGCGCUACUUCCUGUCACCUCUCUGGUGAGGACACAGAACCUGAUGGGCCAAAGCUACAAGUACCCUGUCCGCCCCGCCCAAUGUUGCCCCUCUACCCACCAGGGCCCUUGGGGCAGGUAGCAGAAAGCCCUGCUGAGGUGUUCCAGGCCCUACAGCAGCUGGGGCACCAAGCCUUCCGCCCCGGCCAAGAACGUGCAGUCAUGCGGAUUCUUUCUGGUAGGUGUGGCUGCCUAGGAACCGCACCAGGCUGUGUCUGGUCCAUCGGGCCUCAUAGCUGCCUUUUGUCCUGUCCAGGCAUCUCCACUCUGUUAGUGUUGCCCACGGGUGCUGGCAAGUCUCUCUGUUACCAACUUCCUGCGCUGCUCUAUGCCCGGCGAAGCCCCUGCCUCACCCUGGUGGUCUCUCCUCUCCUGUCACUCAUGGAUGACCAGGUGUCUGACCUGCCUUUGUGUCUGAAGGCAGCUUGCCUCCACUCAGGUAUGACCAAGAAACAACGAGAAUCUGUCUUGAAAAAGGUGAAGGCAGCCCAGGUGCAUGUGCUGAUUGUGUCCCCCGAGGCCUUGGUCGGGUGUGGGGCCAACUUCCCCCAGGCCACUCAGCUGCCUCCAGUUGCCUUCGCCUGCAUUGAUGAGGUCCACUGCCUCUCUCAGUGGUCCCACAACUUCCGGCCCUGCUACCUGCGAGUCUGCAAAGUACUCCGGGAGCACAUGGGCGUGCGCUGCUUUUUGGGUCUCACAGCCACAGCCACGCGAAGCACUGCGCGCGAUGUGGCCCAGCACCUGGGCAUAACCGAAGAGCUUGAGCUCAGUGGGCUGGCCACCAUCCCUGCCAAUCUGCACCUCUCCGUGUCCAUGGACAGAGACUCAGACCAGGCUCUGGUGACCUUGCUGCGGGGUGACCGUUUUUGCGCCCUGGAUUCUAUCAUCGUUUACUGCACUCGGCGGAAGGACACAGAACGGGUGGCUGCCCUCCUCCGGACCUGCCUGUCUGUGGUGACGCAUCCAAGGCCUAAAGGUAGGCGUGUGUGGGGUCUGGCCCCCAGAGGCCCUUUCCUCUGCAUGCCUGCUGUGGUCCCCUCAACCGCUUGUACACCUUCCUCUAAAGGUUGUGGCCCUGAGGCUGUGGCCGAAGCAUACCAUGCUGGCAUGUGCGGCCAGGAACGGCGACGAGUGCAGCAGGCCUUCAUGCAGGGCCACCUGCGGGUGGUGGUGGCCACCGUAGCCUUCGGGAUGGGGCUGGACCGGCCAGAUGUUCGGGCUGUGCUACACCUGGGGCUGCCCCCAAGCUUCGAGAGCUACGUGCAAGCGAUCGGCCGCGCGGGACGUGAUGGGAAGCCUGCCCACUGCCACCUGUUCCUGCAGCCCCAGGGUGAAGACCUCUGGGAACUGCGCAGACAUGCCCAUGCUGAUGGCACCGACUUCUGGGCUGUGAAGAGACUGGUGCAGCGUGUGUUCCCGCCCUGCAUGUGCGCCUCGAGGCCCGUGACCAACUCCCUGCUGGGGGAGGCCAGAGAGCACAAUGGCCAGCCAGCAACCCCUGGAGUGGGACCGGCCUGCCCGGGCCACAAGCGGGUGCUCCCAGUGCAGUCCACAGUACAGGCUCUGGACAUGACAGAGGAGGCUAUCGAGACUCUGCUGUGCUACCUGGAACUCCACCCUCGCCGCUGGCUGCAGCUGCUGCCAUGCACCUAUGCCCAUUGCCAUCUGCGCUGCCCCGGGGGCUGUGCCCAGCUGCAAGCUCUGGCCCACAGGUGUCCCCCUCUGGCCGCAGGCUGGGCCAAGUGGCCACCCAAAGAGACCCGUCAGGGCAGCAGCUCCCUGGAGUUUGACAUGGUGGAGCUGGCCGACUCGAUGGGCUGGGAGCUGGCCUCCGUACGGCGGGCUCUGCACCAGCUGCAAUCGGACCAACAGCCAAAGAGAGGUAUGCCCGUCCCUCCCCAGCCGGGCUGGUGCGAGCCGCCUGGCCGCCUCCGACCGGCACACUCGCUCACAGGUGCACCGCGCGGCACAGGGGUGCAUGUGGAGUUCAGCGAGUUGGCCUUCUCCCUGCUCAGUCCUGGAGACCUGACAGAUGAGGAGAAGGACCAGAUCUGUGACUUUCUGUACAGCCGCGUGCAGGCUCGUGAACGCAAGGCCCUGGCCCACCUGCGCCACAUAUCCAAGGCCUUUCGCAGUGUGGCCUUCCCCAGCUGUGGACCCUGUCUCGAGCAGUCCGAUGAGGAGCGCAGCAACCGGUUGAAGACCUUGCUCAGCCACUACUUUGAGGAAGAGGAAUCGGUGGCGGAUGAGCAGGGUCCAGAGCCCGGGCAGAAUGAGCUUCAGGACUGGGAGGACCAUAUUCGUCGUGAUGUCCGUCAGCUCCUGUCCGUGAGGCCAGAGGAAAGGUUUUCAGGACGGGCUGUGGCCCGCAUCUUCCAUGGCAUUGCGAGUCCGUGCUACCCAGCCCAGGUAUAUGGGCAGGACCGGCGCUUCUGGAGAAAGUAUCUACAUCUGAACUUCCACACCCUGAUGCGCCUGGCUACAGAGGAGCUCCUGCUGAUAGGCCGAUAACCACCCUCCAUGGGAGAGGGCUCCAUGAUGGAGACAUGAGGCAAGCCAGACUGUGGCCACUACAGAGAGGGUGUCGGGUUCACCUGCUCAUCAAGGCGAUGAUGUAGCCAUGACUGACCAGUAGGCAAAAACCUCCCAGCUACAGGCAGGGAACAAGAAGAUCCAAAGUGCCAAAUAAAAAGCAUUCAGGAA